AUGUCUGUUUACAUCCAGGAGUCAUCCCUCACGAGAUCACUCAGGUUUAACAUUAACCUGCAGUGUGGGGAAUUUGAGGGCAGUGAUAUCGGCUUUCACUUCAACCCUCGCUUCGAUGGAUGGGACAAGGUGGUGUUCAACAGCUGCCAGGAUGGGCAAUGGGGUUCAGAGGAGAAGACCCACCACAUGCCUUUUAGCAAGGGAGACGCCUUCGAGAUGGUUAUCAUCAUUAACCAGGAGGGUUACCAGGUGACAGUGAACGGGCGAGACUUUCACAUGUUCAAGCAUCGUAUUCCAGUCGAGAGAGUCAACGCCCUGCAGAUAGGAGGCGACGUUUCCAUCCAGACCAUCAACGUCAUCGGGGGAGGAGGAGGAAUGGGAGGUGCAUAUCCUACAGGUGGAAUGGGAGGAGGCAACAUGGCGGGAGGAUAUCCUGCUGGUGGAUACCCAGGUGGUCAAAUGGGGGGCGGAGGAUACCCACAGGGCGGAGGAUACCCGCAGGGCGGAGGAUACCCGCAGGGCGGAGGAUACCCAGGUGACAUGGGGGGAUGCUAUCCUGGUGGAAACCUACCGGUCAUGUGUGGACAGCCAAUAUACAACCCUCCUGUCCCGUACUCCAGCAUGAUUCCAGGAGGGAUGUCUCCGAAGAAGACCAUCGUCAUCAGAGGCAUGGUGCCUCUAGGAGCGAACAG